UGCGACGUCGAUGAUAAGUGUACAGACCCAUAACGUCCUACCGGGAAACAGCAAGUUAAAUCAACUCAUGAAAUCCAAUUUCGUAUAUAUAUAUUAGUACAAGUCCAUUGAAAUAAAACGUAAUGUUUUCGGAACAAUUCUCCAGUGCAACCAGUUUUUUUAGUUUUUGUUGCUGUUAAUCACAGGGUUGUGCUCACCUGUCUGAGUGGGAGGAGCACACGGUUUCCCUUUGUCUUUAACGUAUAUUUGUGUGGUCUGGUCUGGUGUGGGGGAAAGCCAGAUUUAGUGUGACAGAAGUAUUGUUUACAUAUAACACAAACUUGGAAUAUUAAAACAAAAAACAAAACAAAAAAGCAACGAUGCACUUCAACAUACCUGCUACAGAAGAACAAAUAGAUAAGCUCGGUGGGCGCUUUGUGGUGUAUCAUGUUUACUUGGACGGGUUCCUGUACUGUAAAAUGAGGUACAGCGAUAUGUACAAGUUGGAUGAAGAGCUGAGAAGAGUCUUUGGGGACUGUCUUCCACCCUUUCCCCCUAAAUAUUACCUCUCCAUGACUGAGACUAUGGCAGAUGAGCGAAGACUGCUACUGGAGCACUACCUUCAGAAAGUCGGCGCCAACUCAAGCAUUUCAACAUAUGACAUAUUUUGCAUGUUUUUAAUAAAAAUGCAACAGGAAACAUUCAAGAUUCCUAUACAAAAUUGUGUCCUAGAAAUUUUACUGCCGGAUGGGCACGAGGUUAGGGCAGAUAUUCAGUCGUCCGACCCAGCUGAAAGAGUCCUGGAGAUUGUGUUUUGUAAGAUGGAGUUGCCCAGGCAGGUGAUGGGAUAUUUCAGUCUCUUCCUGGUGGAAGGGAUCAGUGGAGGACAGUACUCUGUUUUGAAAAAGCUGGCUCCAUUUGAACUGCCUUAUGUGUCUCUGAAGAGUAUGAACAACGAGCAGUGCGUGAUCAUGAUCAGAAAAAGCUACUUUGACCCAGAAAUUGACCGGACAGUCAUGGGGAGCAGCUGUGGCUUGAAUCUCCUGUAUUUACAGGCUGUUAGUGACAUGGAGAUGGGAUGUUGGAAACCCACAAAUGAGCAGCUUGAAAAACUGAGGUUGCUACAGGAAACAGGACAGAAGAAAGAGUUUUUAGAGGUUGCACAGCAAGUUAAGCACUACGGCUAUAUGCAGGCUGAAGCUUGUAUCUGUGAUCACCCAGUGCCAAACAGCCCUGCUGUUGUUAGGGUGGGAUAUGAAGAAAUUAAUUGCUGCACCAAGUUACUUAGCAACCAAGCUGAAGAGACCAGCUUUGAGAUCAGCAAAGUGAGAUGUUGGAGUGUCAGGUUGCUGGGGACAUCAACAGGAAACCCAAGUGAGGAAGAUGGCAUUAAACUGGAACUCCGUUUUGAGUAUUGCUAUGGAAACGACACCUGGAAAUGGAUUACUAUUCACACACACCAGGCGUUUUUGCUGAGCACGUUCAUGUACCAGGUUGGGGCAGAACACGCAGCAAAGAAUCUUGAGAUGAACAGUGAAAUGCAGAUUGAAAUGCCUGAUGUGCAAAUUAAGAAGAAACAGAGUUUUUUCCAGUACAUGAAGACUGACAAAGCCAGACCAAUACUGACAAGGAUCAAGUCUGCUGUCCGCAGAAGCAAAGAAGACAACGUGUUUGAAGGCAUUGAGGACAAGGACCUCUGAAAUGAAGAAAACGGCACGUGCUGUCUUUUUACAUUGUGUAAGAUUUGUUUCUGGUUUGCCCACUGCCAACCUCCCAGAUCAUUGGUGAUACAGUGAUGUUUGAUAUUUAUGUAAAGAUUGUCAGCACAGGCUUUUGUUUCGACUGUAUUGGGGUGCCCUACAUCUUGGCUCAGCAAGGGAGGGUUACAAUAAUCUAUCCCCCACCCCCACAACACUGAGCCAUCCUUAAUCUCUCCAAUCCUGCUAACUGGAGACACACAGAAGAUGAUUUACUGUAGAUUAGACACACACACUCACACACCCACACUACUACCCUCUUGUUCAUUGCUAACUAACUGACCAAACAGCUGAAACAACUGUACCUUAUUUGGCAAUGACUAUACAAUCAAGGCACACAGGGGAUUGGAAUAUCAUGGUCCACUUUGUCAGGAUUUAUUUUUAUGGGGUGCAAGCAGCACCAGCUGUUCAUCUAGAUCCAAUAUAAACAUUACAGAUAUCCAUGUCUUUACAGCAGUGGAAGCUUUUUUCAUAUCCCUACCAGCGACCCAAUGUUAACAAAUGUUCCCGAGUAUACAAGGCAGAGAGUCCAGCAAAAACUAUCAUUGUAGGAUUUUAGAUUUGUUCCCAAAGGAGGUAGAAACUGGGAUGAGUUUGCAUCGGCAGCCCAUUCUUUUAUUUUGUCUUAUUUUUUAUUUUUUUGUAUGUAUAUACUGCUGUUUUUAAAGUUGCAUUGAAACCAGCACUUCUAAACCAUAUGGCUUGGUUAUCCCUAGACAUCACGUUUGAGUGACAAGCCCAUGUCAAUGUAUUUACUGCACAAAAGCAUUCCAUUAUGUAGAAGAUGUUGGUGCACUUAAGUUAAAAGUGGAUAGCUUGUUCUGACUCUUGUGUUUUGAGAGUGGCUUUUGUAGUCCCACUCUGCUUUACAACUAUAAUGAGUAGACAGGGAAAUUGUAUUGUUGGAGUCAAGUAAGAAAGUAAGCCGGUCAAUCAAUAUUCGGAUACUUGCAGGCUAAAGUAAUAGAUAGGAAUUAAAAAAUAAAUAAAUAAAUCUUCUAGCUCAUUUUAUAUGCAACCAAGCAGAAACACAUUUGAAUUAAUUUGACACCUAAGCCGAAGGCUACUACAAAUGUGUCUGUUGACCUACAAAGCUUUUUUUUUUUUAAUUAGUGAUUUUAAUUUCAUUCUUUAGAUACAUAAUUAGUCUACACAUCUAAGCACAAGCUCUGUUUUAAAUGCCUAACCCAUUCACUGUAGUCUAUUACCAUUACUAGUCUCCCAUGUUCCCAUCUUGAUCACAAAAAUGUCCUUUCUUUUUCCCGUAGUUUGUCGUUUAUCCUUUUUCAGAAAAACAACAUUGUUCACCUUUUUUUCCAAUUAUUGUUUUUUGAUAAUAAUUGGUUUUAUGUGAAACCCCUGAAGCAUGUGUUUUCAACACGGGCUUAAACGAUAGAGGGGAAAACUAAGAAACUGAGCCAAGUUGACACACGUUUUGGGUAGAGACGCCUUUCAGUUUACACUGAUGUUUACCUCGGGAUUCUGAUUGAGCAUUUGAAGUAAUACUUGGUUUAAAGUGCUUGUAGCUAAAAUUGAAUUCCAUAGAUUUUCCAUUACAUGUACAUCCAUAACUAUAACCAAGCAGAUGCUUCCCCUAAUGACGGACGUGCUUUGCAUCCAGUCUGAUGCUUGACCCUGAAACACUGCUGAGGUGUACCAGAUUCACCACAUGGCAAGUCAAGCAAACCAAGAACCUUUAUUUUCUAGUGUAGUACCACAUGUUAUGUUUUAAAAUGAAAAUACCCAAUAUAAUAUGUUUCUUUCAAAACUGCACAUCAGAGAACUACUUUAACCUUAACAAACUGAUGAGGGCUUAUUGGUAUCAAGCAACAGGUACAUCUGUAGACAUUGAAGAGCCCUAAUAAAAUAAUACUGGAGUGGUCCUAGAGUUUACCCUCAUUGCAAUAAAAAAGAUCAUUUAAAAUGAUGUAACCAUUAAAGAAUAUUAGAAUCAAGUAUGGUUUGUUUAGCGCUCAUUAUUAUUGCAGGAGAUGGGUUCUUAAAAUUAUGUGAGAUGCAAAUGUUCAUUAUACACUACAUUUAUAUACUUGGUUUGUUUUAGACUGUUAGGCUGAGAGUCUAAAGUAUGUUUGCUAGACUUGUGUAAUAAAUAUUCAGGCUAUGAACAAGAACGCCUUGGGGAACAUGACUACAGCAAUAAAUACUGCUCGUGUAAAUAAUGUGUAAUGUGCAGUAGACAGCAAUCGAUGCUAACAUUUAUUUUUGUACUUUUGCUUAAAUGUUAAUUGAAACUUUCAAUAUUUUCUUAAUUGUUUAUUUAUCUCAAUUAAAUGUUGACUAUAAUGGUCCUCGUGGAUAGAAGUUGCCUGCCUCUAUUAUACAAUAGUCUUAAUCAUAUGUAUAAUGAUUGCUGAAACAUUUUCGUCCAUGUACUCUACUAUAUAUUCUGCAAUAUAUUCCUGUGUGUAUUCCUGUGGAGCAUAGUUACUAAGGGUUAUUAAGUGAUUAAAUAAAUAAAACAUUCUGCCUA